AAGGACACCACGCCAGUGUUUUCCUGCCUUCCUUCCGAGAUGGAAAGAGGAGCUCCUAGCUCACUUAAGCCGGGGUAGGGCUGGUUCUCCUUUCCGAGCCAAAAUCCCAGGCGAUGGUGAAUUAUGAACGUGCCACACCAUGAAGCUCUUGUGGCAGGUAACUGUGCACCACCACACCUGGAAUGCCAUCCUGCUCCCGGUCGUCUACCUCACGGCGCAAGUGUGGAUACUGUGUGCAGCCAUCGCUGCUGCCGCCUCAGCCGGGCCCCAGAACUGCCCCUCUGUCUGCUCGUGCAGUAACCAGUUCAGCAAGGUGGUGUGCACCCGCCGGGGCCUCUCCGAGGUCCCGCAGGGUAUUCCCUCCAACACCCGGUACCUCAACCUCAUGGAGAACAACAUCCAGAUGAUCCAGGCCGACACCUUCCGCCACCUCCACCACCUGGAGGUCCUGCAGUUGGGCAGGAACUCCAUCCGGCAGAUUGAGGUGGGGGCCUUCAAUGGCCUGGCCAGCCUCAACACCCUGGAGCUGUUCGACAACUGGCUGACAGUCAUCCCUAGCGGGGCCUUUGAAUACCUGUCCAAGCUGCGGGAGCUCUGGCUUCGCAACAACCCCAUCGAAAGCAUCCCCUCUUACGCCUUCAACCGGGUGCCCUCCCUCAUGCGCCUGGACUUGGGGGAGCUCAAGAAGCUGGAGUAUAUCUCUGAGGGAGCUUUUGAGGGGCUGUUCAACCUCAAAUACCUGAACUUGGGCAUGUGCAACAUUAAAGACAUGCCCAAUCUCACCCCCCUGGUGGGGCUGGAGGAGCUGGAGAUGUCAGGGAACCACUUCCCUGAGAUCAGGCCUGGCUCCUUCCAUGGCCUGAGCUCCCUCAAGAAGCUCUGGGUCAUGAACUCACAGGUCAGCCUGAUUGAGCGGAAUGCUUUUGACGGGCUGGCUUCACUUGUGGAACUCAACUUGGCCCACAAUAACCUCUCUUCUUUGCCCCAUGACCUCUUUACCCCGCUGAGGUACCUGGUGGAGUUGCACCUACACCACAAUCCUUGGAACUGUGAUUGUGACAUUCUGUGGCUAGCCUGGUGGCUUCGAGAGUAUAUACCCACCAAUUCCACCUGCUGUGGCCGCUGUCAUGCUCCCAUGCACAUGCGAGGCCGCUACCUCGUGGAGGUGGACCAGGCCUCUUUCCAGUGCUCUGCCCCCUUCAUCAUGGAUGCGCCUCGAGACCUUAAUAUUUCUGAGGGUCGGAUGGCAGAACUUAAGUGUCGGACUCCCCCUAUGUCCUCCGUGAAGUGGUUGCUGCCCAAUGGGACAGUGCUCAGCCACGCCUCCCGCCACCCACGGAUCUCUGUCCUCAACGACGGCACCUUGAACUUUUCCCACGUGCUGCUUUCAGACACUGGGGUAUACACAUGCAUGGUGACCAAUGUGGCAGGCAACUCCAACGCCUCGGCCUACCUAAAUGUGAGCACGGCCGAGCUCAACACCUCCAACUACAGCUUCUUCACCACAGUAACAGUGGAGACCACGGAGAUCUCGCCUGAGGACACAACGCGAAAGUACAAGCCUGUUCCUACCACGUCCACUGGUUACCAGCCGGCAUAUACCACCUCUACCACGGUGCUCAUUCAGACCACCCGUGUGCCCAAGCAGGUGGCAGUACCCGCGACAGACACCACUGACAAGAUGCAGACCAGUCUGGAUGAAGUCAUGAAGACCACCAAGAUCAUAAUUGGCUGCUUUGUGGCAGUGACUCUGCUAGCUGCCGCCAUGUUGAUUGUCUUCUAUAAACUUCGUAAGCGGCACCAGCAGCGGAGUACAGUCACAGCCGCCCGGACUGUUGAGAUUAUCCAGGUGGACGAAGACAUCCCAGCAGCAACAUCCGCAGCAGCAACAGCAGCUCCGUCCGGUGUAUCAGGUGAGGGGGCAGUAGUGCUGCCCACAAUUCAUGACCAUAUUAACUACAACACCUACAAACCAGCACAUGGGGCCCACUGGACAGAAAACAGCCUGGGGAACUCUCUGCACCCCACAGUCACCACUAUCUCUGAACCUUAUAUAAUUCAGACCCAUACCAAGGACAAGGUACAGGAAACUCAAAUAUGACUCCCCUCCCCCCAAAAACUUAUAAAAUGCAAUAGAAUGCACACAAAGACAGCAACUUUUGUACAGAGUGGGGAGAGACUUUUUCUUGUAUAUGCUUAUAUAUUAAAUCUAUGGGCUGGUUAAAACAGAUUAUAUUAAAAUUUAAAAACAAAAAGUCAAAACAAAAAUAUUUUCUAACUUGUAAGUUCUAUUUAAAGGGGGUGGGGGGGAAUCUUGGGAAUGUUGUGGGGUACAAGCCACA